CCCGAGGAGGAGGAGGAGGACGCCAACAGCUACGACUCUGACGAAGGCACUACGUUGGGAGCACUGGAGUUCAGCCUACUGUAUGACCAGGAAAACAGCUCUCUGCAUUGCACACUCAUCAAAGCCAAAGGCUUAAAACCAAUGGACUCAAAUGGCCUGGCUGAUCCCUAUGUAAAACUGCACCUCUUGCCUGGAGCCAGUAAGUCAAAUAAAUUGAGAACAAAGACUCUGCGCAACACCCGUAACCCUGUGUGGAACGAGACCCUGGUGUAUCAUGGCAUCACAGACGAGGACAUGCAAAGGAAAACACUCAGGAUCUCUGUGUGUGAUGAAGACAAAUUUGGCCACAAUGAGUUUAUUGGAGAAACUAGAGUUUCCUUGAAAAAACUGAAACCCAAUCAGAAAAAGAACUUCAACAUUUGCUUAGAGAGAGUAAUACCGAUGAAGCGUGCUGGAACGACCGGCUCAUCUCGCGGGAUGGCACUGUAUGAGGAGGAGGUAGAUCGUGGCGGGGAUGUGGAAGAGCGUGGGAAGAUCCUUGUGUCCCUCAUGUACAGCACCCAGCAAGGCGGCUUGAUUGUAGGCAUUGUACGCUGUGUUCAUUUAGCAGCAAUGGAUGCCAACGGAUACUCAGACCCUUUUGUUAAACUUUGGCUGAAACCUGACAUGGGAAAAAAGGCCAAGCAUAAGACACAGAUUAAAAAGAAAACAUUGAAUCCUGAGUUUAAUGAGGAGUUCUUCUAUGAUAUAAAACACAGUGAUCUGGCCAAGAAAUCACUGGACAUAUCCGUCUGGGAUUACGACAUUGGAAAAUCUAAUGAUUACAUUGGUGGAUGUCAGCUUGGCAUUACUGCUAAGGGCGAGCGCUUGAAACACUGGUACGAAUGUUUGAAGAACAAGGACAAGAAGAUUGAGCGCUGGCACACCCUCCAAAACGAGAACCAUGUUGCCAGUGAUUAAAGGGAGCCACUGCCCAAACCUCCCCAAUCGGCACAUCCUCUGCCGAUUCCCUGUAGAUUUCUGAUGUCUUGUCUUCCAGUGCAGUCACGCCUUGUGCUACCCGCCUUUGAUCCCAGGGCAGCAAUGCUGUUCUGUCUCCUCUCCAAGCAUCCUCUCUGUUCCCUGCUCUCACCUCCAAGUGAAACCUAACCCAGAUCUUUUGUAUUCACCUCCUUUUUUUAUUUUGUCCCAUUCUCCCCCCCGCCCCGAGUUAUCCUGGUGUGUAAUUUUGUCAAGCAGUAGUUACCCUUUGACAGUUUCAUUUGUCUCUUCCUCAGUAGCCUCACGCAGGUCAUAAUAGCAUUGCUGUUCUGUUGUGUGUGUGGCGGUAUGUAUUCUUCCGCUUUUCACUCAUGUGGCUCACCCCAUCCUCACCAGCUCAUUGCUCCUUUAACUUCUAACUGGAUGCACGGUCACUGGACCUACUGUGUUCUCAUUGGAGCAUGGGGGGUUGAGCGUUGGUGUCAGAGCAUCAAACAGUCCUGUUUGUUUGAUAUCGAUACCUCAGUUGCAAUAAUGAAAAAGCUGUUUAGCUUUGAUGUGGGUUAUGAACAUAACUUGGUAUCUGCGUUGUCAUGAUUAGGCUAAAGCCUGUGUCACAGAUGUAAUCCUGCGAGUACUGCUUUGGCUUUUUUUUUUUUUUUUGAAUCUGGUACGUUUAAGCAAUGUUGUGGUAUGUGCCUCUGAGUUUCUGCUGAGAAGAUCCACUGAUAACGCAGCAUUCAAAUAGAUAACUAGAAAUAAGGAGCUACUCUGCAUGCUCGCAGGGAAGCAAGAGAUUUAAGUUGGUACACGUUUGUUUCCCGUUGCAGUUCAUUUUAGUUCUAGGAACAUGCCCACUCCACUAAUAUAGGAACACACCCAUAUUUAAAGCUUGUGACUACCUCCUCUUCACUUUGUAGCUGCGUAGUAGUGAAUAGAUGAACUUUGAGGGCAGUUUGUUAGGCCCUCAUGAGACUAUACCUUCUGUUACUCUCUGUGGUCCGUUUACCAUAGCACUUGCAGGAGGGAAGCCGAUGGAGAAGAUACUUCCCACCAACCAGUUGAUAUGUUCAAGGAUUAUUGCUUUAAAAUACUACAGAUAAUGAAAUUAGCUGGUUAGAGGUCUUCCAACAUUUUUUUUUUCUUUGCAAGUCUGCAUAAGAACCAUUGUCUUCAACCUGUGCUUUAAUUAUUGUCUGGAGGUGUUUUAUUUGUUAUCGAUAAAAGGAGAGUCAAGAAGCUCUCAAACUGAUAUUGAUCUUUUUGGGUACCUUUCUGAUUCAUCUGCUGUCUCUGGACGACCUCAAGCGUAGCAGUGUCAAUAUUAGCACAAUAAGCGCUACUGGAAUAUGUUGUCGGUUAGCCACCAAUUAGGCAUGUUGUAUGAAACCAAAACCCCACACCGCUGUGGUUCACGCUGCUGCCCCAUGACUUCUCUUGCAGCUCGCUGCUCUCGUUGCUGCUGGUGUGGUAUUGUGUGGUGUGCUCUGAGUUCAGCUGUGCCUCAGAGGAGGUUUUUUUGGGUUUAUUUUCCUCUUCUCCAUCUCUCUCCCCCAGCCCCUCUCCCUCCAGCAGAGUUCGCUCUGACUAGUUAUUUGCAACGAGCAUCUUUACAAGGCUGCGACUGCUGCAGCUAGAGGGGGCUUUCUGCCGCAUGGGGGUUUGCAGUGAGCUCCCCCCUGCUGCGCUCCGCAGCGGGCUCUGCUCAGCACCCUUGGCCUAGCACCUCUCCGGCACCGAUCGCUUCCUUUCCUCCUGCGUUUUCUUUUUUUUUUAAGAGCCCCGUGGCUGCGGGGGGCAGUCCCUGAACACGAAGGAGGUGCAUCACUCGCCUGAAAAAGCCUUGGCCGGUAAAUGUCACAAGGCUGCGGGCCCCGUGCAUGGCGUCUUUGAGCCGCUGUUUGUGAAGUGCUCCUUGUCCUCUCGUGUAGCGCGAUCCUUUCCUGCUUUUAGGACAUAGGUGCAUAUCGUAACCGGGAGCAUUCACGCCUUUGUUCCUUUAACUGCCUGCGGGAUAAAAUCUAGACGAGUAUUCCUGUGCGCGCUCUCGCUUUCCCUCCCCGCCGUUAGUUAAUGUAAUGCUGCUUGCGUCGCUCUGACGAGCGCCCCGGAGGCUGGCUGCCGCCGGCCCCCUCUCUGCGCCGAGAGAUGCGAACGCCCCGGAGCAGCAGGUCCCCAGCGCCCGCCACGGCGCGGGCCCUGCGCUCCGCGGCCGCCUGCGGACCCGAGGGCCUUCCCGCUCCGUCCCGGCUGCGCGUUGCCGGCGCGUCACCCGGCUCUCCACAAGGAGCCACCCUUGGACCGCGGAUGCAGAAUGGAAACCUAGACGUGCUCCCUGCAUCCUUCCCGCUCAAGCUAGGGCAGCUCCUCUGUCACCCCCACCGCUCGUCCGUGCUGUAGCACCACCAGCUAGUUACCCCUUCAAGAAACAGGGGGUGGUUACAUGAAGCAGCUCGGGAUCUGAUGCCCCUAAAAGCAUAAUGGGAAAAGAUGCUUUUAAAAAGGCCUUAUCUUCCUUUCGUGCGGUUCUCGACUCGGCACUAGUUAGUGCGAUGUCCUGGAGGCCCAGGGCUGGUCUGUCCGUACAGUGGGCUGUGCAGAGGACCCGUAUGAAGCUGGCCUGGUUCUUCUGGACCGUUUCCGACAUGCGCCUGGUGCCACCUCGGGCUGGCGGUCCUGCUAGAGGAUGCGGUCCUGCUAGAGGAUGCUAGAGGUUGUAGGAUACUGCCGUAACCCGUUCCAGCACGGUGAACCUGACCAAAACCUUUGCGCACUGCUUUUCUGUCUCUCCCUGGUGUUGUUUAGUCAUGACACACAUCCGAGCUGUGAUGGGGAGAUGUUUGACUGGCAAUGAAAUUACCUUUUAAAAAAAAAAAAAUUUCUAAGCAAUUUCUUCAUUUGUUCCACACCCGCAGCAGCCAAGCCUCCUUUAUGUGUGCAGAACAAUUAAAUUCAGCUUGCCGUUACCUAGGUAGCUUCUUCCCAUGUCCUGUAGUGACAUUCUCUGCUCAGUCUGCUUUCCUUUCAGCGAAGCUGUACUCAAGUCAUCUCUUUGCACCCAUACAAAUUAAAAAGUGCCACUUGCCAGUCCCACCCUCUGUACUGUGUAAAUCACAGUCCUUGUCUCCAUUUGCCAUCCUCUUCUGAGUUUUUCUGAUGGUAAUUUCUGCCCUGAACAACUUCCUUCCUUUGUAGAUAAAGCAUGCACAUAUGGAUUGGGAGUGGUGCAAAAAAAAAAAAAA